AUGUUGAACGAUUCUGUUUUCGUGUUUUGGUUGACAUUUUUUCAUCAUGUCAUGCCUCACAUGAACAUCUUGUUCAACCAGUUGCAGAAGAGAAAAACCGAGCUAGCGCAAGUUAAAACGGCUAUCGAUAAUUUUGAAAAAUGUAUUGUCGAUGUGAGAAAUAAAAUUGAUGACAUAAUAAAUGAAGCCAAAAGUAUUUGCACUGAACCCCAAGGCAACAAAGGAGACGACGUAGUAAUAGCAGUCACGAUCACCGAGUUGCCGCAUUAG